AUGAACGAUGACUACGCAGGGGCAAGCGGAUCCAGCUCCACGAGCGUAGCACAUCAGUUGUUGCGAGCGGCGCUGGAUACCGAAAAGGUCUCCAACUCGCAAGUUUCGCAAUACUAUCGAGAGCGACUCCAAGAUCGUCGCAUUCAAAUCACCAAUCUUGACCGCGCUCGUCCCAAGACAGGCGGCAACGAUGCCGACGCUCGGAUGCGCGCCGAGCGCAAGCUGAUCAAACGCAAGAGGAGAGUCAAGAGCGAACUGUCCCAGCUCAAGCGGCUUCGCAUCGCGGCCGGUCGAUCGGCAAAGCACCGAGAUGCGCAAGAGGAUGUGUCUUCGCCUACAUAUACGCACCCAAAAGAGGAUGUGUCGGAUCCCGACGCCAAAGAGCUGGUCAAAGGCAAGCAGCGUCUUUUGGCAGACGCCAACAAGCAGCUCAGACGCGUGCAAUCCGCACCACAACCUCCGUCAAACGAAGCGAAAAGGCUCAGUCGAUCCGCACGCAAACCUCUCAGCCGCGCUCAACGCAAACGCAUGGGUCUGGAACAAGUCGAUGCCAACAUCAGCUAUGAGCUUGUCCAGCCUCUGCACGACAUGUGGCGCUCCUACAUCCAGCAGUUGCUCAACAUUGUCGCCAUGAACGGCAAGGGUCAGCUCGUAGCAAAUCCGCAGUUCGAUCCGAAGAAUCUCACCACCAUGUCAUCUGGCACCGUGAGCGCUGUUCAAGCCUCGCUCAUCAAGGCCGACCUGUGCGGAGCAGAAAUCGAGGUGGUCCGUGCUGCCAACCCGUCUCUCGUCUCUCAGCAUGGCCUCGUCGUCAAGGAGACCGAGCACACCAUCAUCAUCGCUGUCCCUCCAUCAGGGACAGAGAAAUCCGCACACAGGACGUCACGCCAUGCAACUCGCACUAUACCCAAACACAAUGCCGUCUUUGCAGUCAAGGUGCCUCUCGCCUCUAUCGAUUCAGCGUCAGACCCAGGCCAUCUCCGCUUCGAGCUUCACGGCAAUCACAUGAUGCACACACUACCAUCAAGAGCAACGCGCAAGUACAAGGCUCGACCGACCAUCGACUUCUGA